GUUGGUCAAAGAGGAGCGUUAAUUUUGGUUUUCAUCAGAAAUAGUAUUAACCUGUACCUGAUGAGAAUGAAGACUGAAGUAGCGCUGUUUUGCUUGUUUGCUGUUCAAGGUGUGUUCGGGGCGACGUUCUACCGCUGUUCAUGGGUUACGGAGGCGAGUGUGGACUGUGACACAUUCCAAGAUGACGUCACAUGCGGAACAGAUGGCGUUACUUACAGAAAUAAGUGCGAGUUCAGCAAGGCACACUGCCUGAACAAGGCGCUUGACCUGAAACACCCGGGUGCGUGCUCGACAGCCCCCGGCGGUACCACGGUGAAUCCCGUGGCCGGUGGUGAUGUGGUGUUCGACUUCCUGUGCACGAGCCUCAGCCACAAAGAUUGCCCGACCGAGGUUUCCAAGGUUUGCGCCAGCGACGGUCGCACCUACACGAACUUUUGUGAGUACGAGAAAUCCAAGUGCACCCAUCGUGAUCUCACCCUUGUAACCUACGGCGACUGUAGCCUUAACCCAUAGGCCUACAUUAUGUAUUUAGUUUGGAUUUCCUUGUUCCUUGAAUUCAUUGAAGUGCUACAUUAAAUGCAUGCAUUUUACAAA